UUCCUCAGCCCGAAAUCUUACCGUACACGUGCUCAUCACCACAACCUUGUAGGAUACAAAAAGCCCCUAAUCAGCCCAGACACAACUCAAGAAACUCCACGAACAUCAAGAAACUAUCUUCACUUGACACGCUCGCUUAUCUCUCACCACCAUUUUUUCCGGCGAGCCGGAAAAGCGAAGUUCUCAUGCUGCUUCCACUCUCAAAUGCUUCAUCUUCUCCUGAACCCCAAAUCAAGAAACCAAAAACUCCACCUGAUUUCCAAAGAAAAGACUCAUUCAAGUCACAUAAAGCAUUUCUUGCUGCUCAUUACCCUUCUUUUAACCAACCUCGCAUAUGUCUUUUCCUUUCCGUUUUCUUCAUUCAAAUCCUCCUCCUCAUCGCUUUCCGCUCCCUUCCUCUAUCCUCACACCACCGCCGCCAGCACUUCCCUUCUCCCUUCAGCACCAGACACCACCAACACCUCAACCAAACCGCAACCACCGCUCCCAGCACAGUGAAAGAGGAAAGUUCCUGCGAGUUUGGCAAAAUCUUUGUCUAUGAUCUUCCGAGUGCUCUGAACAAGGAAUUGGUUAGCAAUUGUGAUGAAUUGAACCCGUGGAGUUCAAGCUGUGCUGCGUUGUCGAAUGACGGAUUUGGCCCUGUAGCCACCGGAAUCUCCAGUGUUGUACCUGAAAAUCUUUCUCCUGCCUGGUACUGGACUGAUCAGUUCGUGACUGAAAUUCUUGUCCACAACAGAAUUUUGAAUCACAAGUGCAGAACUCAAGACCCCAACAAUGCGACAGCCUUUUACAUUCCGUUUUAUGCUGGACUUGCUGUCGGAAAAUUUUUAUUUUUCAAGAACUCAUCAGCUAAAGAACGCGACUUUCACUGCGAGAUGAUGCUGAAGUGGGUUCAAGACCAGCCGUAUUUUCAAAGAAAUGAGGGUUGGGAUCAUUUCAUGACAAUGGGAAGGAUUUCCUGGGAUUUUCGACGGUCCAAGGACAAGGAUUGGGGCUCGAGUUGCAUUUACAAGCCAGGUAUGCGAAACAUCACUCGCCUUUUGAUUGAACGGAAUCCGUGGGAUUAUUUUGAUGUUGGUGUCCCCUACCCUACCGGAUUCCACCCUCGACGGGACAAUGAUGUUGUCCAAUGGCAGGAUUUUGUUCGAAAUCGUAACAGGAAAAACCUUUUCUGUUUUGCUGGUGCGAAACGUAGCAAAUUCAACAAUGAUUUUAGAGGGUUGCUAUCGAAUCAUUGUAGGAAUGAGUCUGAUUCAUGCCGAGUUGUGGAUUGUGCUGGUUCUAAAUGUUCUAAUGGAACGUCCUUGAUUCUUGAAACGUUCUUGGAUUCUGCAUUUUGUUUGCAGCCUAGAGGUGACAGUUUUACAAGAAGGUCGAUUUUUGAUUGCAUGAUCGCUGGUUCGAUUCCGGUCUUGUUCUGGAAAAGAUCUGCUUAUUAUCAAUAUGAGUGGUUCUUACCGGGUGAACCGGAGAGUUAUUCGGUGUUUAUAGAUCGAAAUGAAGUGAAAAAUGGGACUACAUCGAUUCGGAAAGUGCUUGAGAGCUAUAGCGAAGAAAGGAUUAGCAGAAUGAGGGAGAAGGUUAUUGAAUAUAUACCAAAGUUUGUGUACGCUAGACCUCAAGGAGGUUUAGAGACAAUAAAAGAUGCAUUUGAUGUUGCUAUUGAUAGGGUUUUGAGGAGAUUCAAAGAGCAUGAGCAACCUGGUUACAAGUGGUAAUUGGAGGAAGUUAAGAUGGUGAGUUGGGUGCUUGGGAUCCAAUUUGUGAAGAAGAUCAUAUACCCAAGCUUUAGAAGACAGAUUUUUUACAAGAAAUUUUAUAUAGACACAGUUAUUACAAGUUGUUACUACAGUUUUUUGGUAUAUGUAUUCUUUAUAAUAAUGUUGUAUACUACAGUUGUAAUUCGUUUGAGUCUGAGGACUAGAAAUUUUCAGAAAUACAUGUUGUGUAAUUGGGCUAUAAUUUCAUUAGCUAGUUAAACUGAAGCCUCCUAUCAUCAUAUGGAUCAGGCAGACCACCAAUUGCUGGUGGUGGUAUGGUGGUCCAAGCUCCUUUUUGUUGGCUGGAGACAGCUGCAAUGGAUUUGGCUAGCUAGCUGGCUAGUUGGGUGUCAAGCAUCAUGAUGAAAGAAAAUAGGCAUGGUGAAUUUGUUUGGGAGGACCAUGCUAUGAUCCAAGCCCAUGGAUCUAGACAUAAAAGAGAGAUGAUAAUGUAUAAAAAUAAUUAAUGUCUGCCAAAGAAAACUCCAAGAUCAGCACCUGUUGAUAUUA